AACACGUCUUCAAAACGUUUGAAUAUGGAAAGACGCUUGAAAUAUUAGGAGAACUGAGUUGAAGAAAGAAAACUACUACAGAAAGUGUUUCCAGGGUGUUUGAGAAUAAUGAUGAAUUAAUAGAUCAAUAAAAUGGAUGAUACAAACCAUCAAAGUCCCCGUAACCCAGUCAUUGAAGCAGAAACAAAGCCAAAAAGAAGACCAGGAAGACCCAAGGUGUCAUUGAAUGAACGCCAACCCAAAUGCAAUUCACAAAAUUCAUCUCGUAAAGAGGUAAUGUAUCUAAAUUUGUGUCAUCAUCUUUGAAUAUUGUUAACUGGACAUCUAAAAACUGAUUUGUACAUCAAUUUGUAGUUGGUGUUGUAACUAAAAACAAAUUUUAGUGUGAACCCGGCCUUGCAAAAACAAUUUUUAACACACUGAGAAGACAGCAUCAGCCAUGCUUUGUGAUUGAUAUAUAGUGGCACACUGUUUGAAAAUCAUUGUUAAAGUACUGGUGUUCAUUCCGAAAUCCUUGGCUAUUUCAGAUUUUGGUUUCAAAUUUUUAUCUAUUCCAGUUAUUUGUUCGUAUUUCGUGUCCAAUGAUUAUUUGUAUGUACCUGUGUAAUUAUGAAGUCACCAACCAUGACGAUUGCCAACUUGGGGGGACUUUGAUAUAGCCGUUAUAAAAACAACACAUCACCUUGGCGGACAAAGAAUUAACUUCAAAAUAAGCAAUAUUUCAAUUAUAUAAUUUAAUUUUACUUGUAACACGCAAUUCGAUUGGCUGAUCAUGCUCAAAAUUUUCAUUUAUAUUGUAUAAAUGAAACUUGGUAUGGGGACACACCCCCUUGACAACCAAGACGGCACUACUUUUUCUUUUCUAAUUUUACAUUGCACCAUGGAACACUGUUAUGUUGAUAGGCCUUCGAGCUAUGAAAUUGAAAAUCAACGAAAUUAAACGUGCACAAUAAAAUACGAUAUUGUCUGAAUCCCCCUCCCCAAUUAUUUCUAAACAAAACUUUUUUGUUUUACAAAUAAAGUUACACAAAACCUUAACGGUAAAUAUCAGAAAACGAACUCUGACAUGUACAACAAUGUCCUAUGUGAAAUAUAAAACAGUAUAUCAAGUACAGGUGACUGUUGAUGAUGCAUACUUCGAUCUCUUGAAGUUCUCGAUCUCUUUAAGUUAUCGAUCUCUCAAAGUGAAAUCAUGGUCCUGAUUUUUUUCUCUAUAUAGCUAAGCAAAUUUACUAUAUAUUUUGGGGAAAGUUCAGAGAACUUCUCCCAAUCCUAACAUCUCGAGUCAUCCCAAUUAUCACCAGGGGUAAGGUCUAUGAUAGCUGCGUAAGAAGCGUCAUGUUGUAUGGCAGUGAGUGUUGGGCCCUUACCCAGUCCUCACUCGACCGACUCCAGAGAAAUGACAGGGCUAUGAUUAGGUGGAUAUGCAACGUAAAGCCAGACCAGAUCCAGAACAUUAGGUCAGACACCCUUCUUGAGAAAUUGGCCAUCCCAAAACUUGUUGUACUAAUAAGGGCAAACCGUCUUCGCUGGUUUGGGCAUGGUGAAAGAAGCAAGGGGUCUAUCAGCACUUGCAGAGACCUGAGACUGGGAAGCAAAAAGAAAGCCAGGCGCCCUAAGAAGACAUGGAAAGAAACCAUCAGGCAAGACCGUAAGCAGUGGCAAAUGAACACAGUCAAUCUCCACAAUGGUGAUCACUGGAGACUCAGCAUAAGGACAGCCAGACAACGUCGAACCCCUGACGAAGGGAACACAGACGAUAAACUUGGAUUGUGAGUGAUCUCUUGAACGUUUGAUCUCUUGAAGUGAAGUUGGGUCCGUAAACCAUAUUUUCUUGUUUUUCACUCUCGAUCUCUCGAAGUGAUGGUAGCCAAUACCCAGUUACUCAAGCGUUUAAUCAUUUCCGCUUGGACCUUACCUGGCGUUUGUUGAAUGCCAGGGGCGAGUGUGGUCAUGGUAAUUAUGUGUUUACAUAGGUGAUACAUCACCCAUGCUAUUUUGUGUAGGUGGCCACUUGAGUAUAUAAUUGGUUAAUUGGUCAGUUUUCAUCCUACACUAGGAUGUUGUGUUGAUUAAAUUGUAAUCUGACUAUGAAUAAAAUCUAUAAUGUUUUUGACUGGACAAUGAGAGAGUAAGUUUGAGACAUUAAUUUAAAGACGAUACUUUGAGAUCUAGAGACUGUUAAAUUUCUCAAGUUUGUUCUUUGUGUAAUAAAAGUUACUCUAAAAUAUCGUUUGAUUUAUUUAUCAAAACUUUUGCUGGCAUAAAGUGACAUAAAGCUGUUCUCUGCAUAGUUAGGCCUAGCGACAGUAAACCUUUAUCGGAAAUUAGUUUUGUACGCUUAUCUUAGCAUGAAAAAAAAAAUACAUCAAUAGUGUAGAUUCAAGUUUGUUAAAAUCAUGGCCCCUGGGGGUUGGAUGGGGCCACAAAAGGGAUCAAAUAUAUAGUGAAAAUCUUUAAAUAUGAGCCAAGGUGACUCAGGUGAGCGAUGUGACCCAUG